GUACAAGUCGAAUUUCACAUCUAGUGUCGAGUACGGUGCGCUGGUCGCUCCCAGACUCGUUGUGAUAUCGUGAAAGAAGUUCCUGAACCUUACUAAGCGAAACCAACAUAUAUCGAAAUCAACCCUGUGGCCAUCGGACAGUCUGUGCGAAUAAUCCUCCACCAAAUGCUCGAGAGGUCUUCACUUCACCGAGCGGUCUGAAUUGAUCUCCGAUUCUGGAAGAUCGAUUCGACUCGUGAUGCUGCCUACGCGUGCGAGUGCGGCGCGACCCGAGUCUGGCCUAAAUCGUUCAUCCCAUCCCCCGUUGGUUAUCGUGAGAGCUAACCGCUCACCAUGAGUAUAAUGUUGUUGAAGAAGAAGAAGUACCGAUUCCAGGUCGAUUGCACAGUUGAGGAGCUUACGGCUGUGCCGUAUGUCAAUGCCAUCCUUUUUGCAAAGUUACGGCUCCUCGAAGGCGGGACCUUCUCGGAAGAGAGUCCUCGUAUCGAUGUGCGAGAUCAUUCCGUGAGAUGGCACAAAACGUUUUCCUUUCAAUGCCGAAUGACCGCGAACGCUUCGACGACGGUGUUGGACGCUUGUCAUUGUCGAAUUUCGAUCCGGAAAGAAGCCCAGGGAGGCAGAAGUUGUGAGAAGCUGGGCUUUGUUGACCUCAACCUGGCGAGCUUUGCGGGCCAAGGCGCAACCAGUCAGAGAUUCCUACUCGAAGGCUAUCGGCAAAACCAUCGACUCGACAACUCGAUCCUGCAGGUAACGGUGAACAUGACACUGCUGGUCGGUGAUCCGUGUUUCAAAACAUCGAGUAAGAGCACCGUCAGCGAGGGGGACGGCCUGGGCGCCGUUAGCUCCAAUCCUCCGCAGGACGGAGGGAGCCCUUCACCGGACUCGUCUCCCAUGCAACCAUGCAGGGUCAUGGUGCCCACCGACGUCGACUACAGCAGUUUACCUAGACGACAGCCCCAUCCAGACGGUGGUAGCAGCGGCGGAAGCAGCGCUGAGACACCUCCUCCAAUUAACCAGAAUCCUCUGCUGGAUAGAGCUGAUAGCUGUUCUCUCGCUGCCACAGAGUCGGGAGCUGGUCUCUCCGGCGACUGUGGCAACUGUGGGAGCAGCGGAUGCCUUGCUGGACAAGGCGUUCACCAAAGACAAGGAAGCGAUAGCGCCCACCUGCGGACUCAUUUCGACAGCGGAUCAUUGAAAGACCGGAGUAAACGAAGCAGCCACAAGAACGCUCUGAACAUCGUGGAAGAAGGAAACUCGAAGAUGGAUUCGACUCGAGAAGAUCCCAAUUACCUUAUCAACCUUCUGCUCUCGACAAAGCUCUCACCGUCGUUGGGGGGAGGGGAGCUCCUGUGCCCGUCUCCGUUGGGAGCAUUGAGCAGUGGGCCUGAUUCGGGGGUCGGGAUCGAUAACGACACCGAGACCGAGAGCGGACUCCGGCAAUUCAUCCCAGCCCUGACUUCAAAAGAUUAUCAUUAGGUUCCGAAUCGUCUUGUAUCAGGGAAAACUUUUUUCGUCCGAGCAGGGAGGAUCAGGUCUCUACGACCAAUUGGAAAGUUCCUUCGAGAUUGAAAUGGGUUGUAAACUUUGAACGCAAAGGAGCACAAAUUCCUGGAUCAGAAUCACGAAUCUCCGUCAGGGCUCGUAGAGCAGGAAACCACCGAGUGGAGGUCCAAGGGCGACAGAGAGCGAGGAGAUCGGGCUGCAAGAGUGCGUGAUACUCUACACCCUUACAAUCGAACGAUCAAAUCCGCAAAUGCCUACAUGUCGAUGUCCCGAAAAGCAGAAGCCAUUCCGAUGAAUUGCGAGCUGAUACACUGAGACCGAGCAGAAUGUCAGCGCCUGAUCUUUAGAAGGACUUAGAUGUCUUUUCGUGUUUUGAGCCAGUUUCGCGGAAAGUCGAGUUUGUAAAUUAAGCCCCGCAGAUGGAAGGAUUACAGUAUUCGAUGUUGACGGUGAUCAAGAUG